ACUGCGACAACCGAAGAACCAAUUGCAUCUUGUCAUUAGUAUAACGCGUUAUCACCAGUACUGAGCAAAUAUGGGAGAAAGGGGGUACAGUUUCUCACUCACCACAUUCAGCCCAUCUGGUAAACUGGUCCAGAUUGAGUAUGCCCUGUCAGCCGUAGCAGCAGGAGCCCCCUCAGUGGGAAUCAAAGCCUCAAAUGGAGURGUUUUGGCAACCGAGAAGAAACAGAAGUCUAUACUGUACGACGAGACGAGUGUUCACAAAGUCGAGAUGAUAACCAAACAUAUUGGCAUGGUCUACAGUGGAAUGGGUCCAGACUACAGGGUGCUGUUGAGGAGAGCGAGGAAACUGGCCCAGCAGUACUUCCUGGUCUACCAGGAGCCAAUCCCCACAGCCCAGCUUGUCCAGCGGGUAGCCUCUGUCAUGCAGGAGUACACACAGUCUGGUGGAGUGCGACCCUUUGGUGUGUCACU